CGAGACCCCAUUAGAAAUCUGCUGUCGCAGCUGAUCGAGUAACUCAGUCGUCGCUCAACACCCGGCGCACACGACUUCACCCCAGGUAACCCUCUGACAUGACCGACGCGGAGAAGUACGUGUCGGCGAGCGCCGGGCAGCGCCAGUUAGCAGCCCAGGUGCUGGACCAGCUCUGCUCCAGCCUGGACUGGUCCCACCUGCUGGAGCGUCCAGAGACCAGCAGCCUCCCUGUGCUGGACGUGGGCUGCGGCCCUGGAGACACCACAGUGCUGGAGCUGCUGCCACGCCUGCCUUCCGGCGUCCGAGUCGUCGCCGCGGACUCCUCCCCUGACAUGCUGCACAAAGCCGCUUCGAGGUUCCCCGAAUCCACAGUCGACUUCCAGCUUCUCGACAUCGGCACGCCGUACCUCCGGGAGUCCGAGGUGUGGCGACUGGGACCCUACUCCAAGGUCUUCUCAUUCUUCUGCCUGCACUGGGUGCCAGAUCAGAGGACUGCGCUGUCCAACAUUUGCGACCUGCUUGCCCCUGGAGGUGACGCCGUGCUGGUGAUGGUCGGCCGUUGCCUCAUCUUCGACACGUACGAGCAGUUCUCCAAGAUGCCGGAGUGGGCCGAAUACAUGCAGGACUACAGGAAUUUCGUGUCGCCGUACCAUCUCCAGGACGACCGCGUGCAGCACCUGAGGAGCUUGCUGGUUGAGAACGGCCUCACAGUGAAGACGUGUCGUGAGGAGAACAACUUCGCCUUCUCUUCCCCACACCAGCACGAGAUUAUAGACUCCUUGAAGGCGGUGAUCCCGUUCACGGUGAGAAUGCCUGCAGCAGUGCGAGAGACCUACCUCCAGGAGAUAGUCAGUGCUUGUUACGCCAACGGGACCCUCAGCAUCGAACGUGGUGUCAGUACCGGUGGAGCAGACCUGCAUCGCUGGAACUUCAGCGUGUUGGUAGCGCACGCUGUGAAAACUGAUGAGCAAAGGCACCAAGAUGCCUAGGCAGGUUCAGGUAGAGAACACUUUACUGUUCAGCACUCUGUCUGACAGAAGAGUGUCAAGGAUACUUUACACAUAGUGGUAUUUGUGUAAUCUGUGUCUUUUACAGAAUACUAAACUUGCAUUUAAGCUUUUUAGGUUUAGGAGGUUAUGGUAUUAUUAAUACAUCUGCAUUCUACCCACUGAUCGUCUUCCCAAAACUGUAUGGUAUACAACUCGUUGGAAUCCUUCUCACCGACAAACGCAAAACACAUUGCUUCCAUCGUUUUUGUGCUGUGCAACUUUCCCAUUGUAGAUUCCACAUCUAAUUCUGCCCAUAAGUAAAUAGUUUACCUUCUCUGCUAAAACCAACACCAGAUUCUGAGGAAUUUCAUUUCUGAUAUUCCCAAUUGCAAAAAAUCUUUUUUUCUUGGAGCACAACAUUUUGCUCCAUACAGGGCGCAAACUGCUAUUACUUUAAAAAAAUUCGCUUGUAUCUCGUUCUUACCUUUCCCUUUGAGGAUUCUUGCAGUUGUUUCUCAUAUUAUCUGAUAGGUGUUUGUUUGAUUUUUUCUCUUCAUAGGUUAUGUCACAGCCGAAGUACUGGAAAUCAUACGUAUGUCUCAAUAUUCUGCCUAUAGAUGCAGGUUUUUGAUCUCACUGAUUUCCUUCCUACGAAGGCCAUCACCUUAAUUUCAGUUGUUCAAAUCUUUUAAUUAUAUUUAAAGUUCAAGGCGUGUAGCUUACAUGUGGCACUCUUUAGUCUGUCUUCACUUUCUUGAAUGAUUAUUUAGUCUUCAGCAUUAAUCAUUCGUGUAUCAUUGCUUGCUAAUUUGAUUCCCAAACGAACAUAUGUGUCUGUUGAUGUUCUGGGUAUGUCUCCAAGUUAAAUUCUCUUUUUUUUAAAAUUACCUGUUUUAUUGUAGUGUUGUGACCUGCUCGUCAGCUGCCAUGCGCCAAAGUGAAGUUCAGUGUUGUGUAGUGUAUGGCAUGGUGCAGUGUUCUUAGCAAGCAAAUCGGAGCUCUCUGAGCAGCUCCACGCCCAGCCGCCAGGCGCGCUGUGUUCUUUAUGCCUUUAUAUGUUUUCUAUGCGUUCUGUUUGUUCCCUGUUUUUGUGAACUUGCUAGCAUAUGCUCCUUGCCAACUUUCUGUUACGUAGUACCGAGUUGUAGGAUGUAAUCAACUCCUUUUUAUGACAAGGAUUAGAGUUAAGAUUAUGGUAUUUCUGUUCUGUCUACAUUUAAGAGGGAUGUCGGACGUGCGCUCCUAAUAACGUAACAAAGAAUCUGUAGAAGCUUCGUUCACUUAGUCGCUACAAACACGUCAAGCAAACGUUGGUUAGCCAGAAGUAGAGCUGAAUUCAACAGUAAAAAUAUUGUUACUGUGAACUCUCCUUUUCAGAAAACUGUUAGUUCUUCAGUAAUUUUUCCAAUGCAUGUUGCAAUCAGUAUUUGAAAAACUACGUUAAUACUUUUACCGGUAUUAGGAUCAUUUCUCUUUCCAUUCUUGGAAAAAGAAAUUAAUUUUGCUACACUCUCUUUGUCUCCUAUACAAGCUAUCCCAAGCAUGUACUGAAAUAAUGUAAACUUUAAAUUCAAGUAAUCUCUAUGAGUCUUAUGGGACAACCUUCACCUAUGGCUGAGGACAUCAGAUUCUAGUUCAUCAGCAAAGACCUUAAGAGCCCAACAUCAUUAUGAGUUGUUAUGUUCUCACUUUUGUAAGCCUACUGGAUUUAGUAGCCACAAUGCAGUUUUGACUUCAACUUCAACAAUGAAGACAGUAAUGUAUUUUAUUUCUUAUACUGUGUAUUCACAGCAGACUUAAUAAAUGAGUUUUUAAUAUUUGGAAAUGAUGUUGAAAUGUAACUCCUUAAAAUCUGUUAGUGCAAUUUCUGGUGUCAUUAGCAAAUCACAAUGGUCUAUUCACUAAGAACAUUAUACAGAAGUAAUGGACGCAUUAAAACAGAAUAAUAUAAAGGUUGUCUCUGUUGUAUCACAGCAAGUAUUUAAAAGAAUUAGGACACGAAUGAGACCACACUAUACUAAAUAUAUAAUACAGAAUAUAUGUAUUCAUUACUAUUAUUACUAUCAUUAUUAUUAUUAAGCUGCAUUAGACCUGAAGUUUCUUUGCUAUGAACAAUGUUGAGCCAUUUUGCUUUCUCCUGACAAUAAUUUUCCAGUAUUUUUCACCACUUUGAAUAUUGUCCUAGAAUCUUGUACAUGGAUCUUAAAAAGGUCAACUUCCAAUUACAAAUUCUUCUGUCACAUUCACUAUGGUUUACUUGAUGGUUCUGUGCUCUAUCCAUUACAAUCUUUUGGAUUUAAUGUUGGCUAUUGUACAUGCUUCUUUGCAUGUUGUAAAUUUUAUCAUUAUAUAAUAUUCUGCAUUCGUUGGUAGCACUGUCUCAUAUGGAUCUAAAUAUCUCUCUUAAGAUAUUUGGUUAAAAUAUCCUUAAUUUGUUGUCCUCUUUCUCCUGAAAGUUCAAGUUUUGUAUUCAUAGGUUAAAAUUGGUACAGUUAAUUAUUUGUAAAUGUACGGUUUCGAUUUCCAAGCAAGUAAUUUGCUUUUCAGAACUAUCUUAAGACAAGAGUAAUAUUGGUUUGCCUCUUAAAUUCAUGAUUCUGUUUCGAAUUUUCUGGUUUAUCAGAGGUUAACAGGAUCCUAAAGUAAUGAAAUUCCCUGGGCUUUCAAUUUGCUGUACACUAUUAUGUGAUGGAUACAAGGUAAGAUAAAGUAUAUUUUUCUAUCUUUAUUCAAAUUAAAACUUGUACAAUAUAUAUAAUUUCUUAGAUUUGCUCUAAGAAAUUGUAAAUCAUCCUCAUUAUCAGAUAUACAGCAAUGUGAUGAUCACAUGUUGUGAUCAUCUCUCAUACUUAAUUGUGUAUUGGUACUUUGUUUUGUUACUAUAUUUGACCACAUUGCCUAUACCUGCACAUGAUGCAUUACAACAUAAAAUGUGUAUGCUCCAUUUGUAUAGACAUAAAUGGCCAACCAGAGCACAAUAAAGUUUACAUUGGUCAUUCAA